AUGGUGCAAGAAGUCCAUUUGAAGGCACCAAGGUUUGAUAGCACAAAUUACUUUGCUUGGAAGUCGUGGAUGGAAUAUCAUUUGAGUUCUCUAUCACUUGGAAUAUGGGAAAUUAUCAAGACUGGUUAUACUGUUCCACAAGGUGUUCUUAAUACUAUGGAUGAAGUCAAGAAUCGUGAAAAUGAUGGCAAGGCAAACAAUAUACUUGUUAGUAGUCUGAGUGACAUAGAGUUUUUCAAGCUCAAUGGAUGCAAAAGUGCAAAGCAAAUUUGGGAUAAACUGAACAAUAUUUAUGAAGGAGAUGAGAAGAACAAGCAAGUCAAAUUGCAGAAUCUAAAGCAUAGAUUUGAGACACUGAGGAUGACUGAAGAUGAGAACAUUGAAAGCUACAUGCAACAAGUGAAUGAGGUUGCCAAUGCAAUUAGAGGUAUUGGUGGAACAAUGGAAGAAAGUGAAUUUGUAGGAAAAGUGAUAAGAACACUAUCUAAAAGCUAUAAGCCUAAGAAAGUUGUCAUUGAAGAAAGUCAUGAUAUGGAUAAGUAUACCUUGGAGCAGCUAUAUGGGGCACUCGCUGCCUUUGAGAUUGCCAAACUUAGCGAAUGUACUUUCAAGAAGGAUAACUAUAAGAGGUCAGAUGAUGAUAACAAGAGAAAAGAUAAUUAUAGGAGAGAUGACAAAAACAAAAGAGUAGAUUACAGAGAGAAGUCUAAAAGGAGUUAUUGUUCAAUGGAGACCUACUUCUUCGAAGAUGAAGAUGGUAAUAACUCAAAUGAAGAAUCAGUUAGUGAAAGAUUUGGUGACAGAAAGAAGUUCAUAGACUUUGAAAAGUAUGAUGGUGGAUCAAUAAAGUUUGUUAGUGAGGAGGCAGCACAUAUAUGUGGUAAAGGAACCAUAACUGUUGAUGUGGUAUCAGAGCCAAGAUUCUGCCAUCCUGUGAGCAACUUGUCUAUGAGUGACAGAGAAAAACGAUAUUGGGCAAGAGAAGAUAAGAAGGUUGGGAAACAAUUUCAGUUUCAUCAGCCUCCUGAGGGUCAAACAGCCUCAGAAGUCUUGUGGGCUCACUGGGAGUCUUCUCAGGAAUCUGAUAUGGCAGAGGGUGAGAGAUCAGUUGGGGGUAAUGAGAGGCACACCCACAACAGAGAAGAUAGCGGAAAGGAAAGGGAAAGAUCUCUGAGUCCCGGGAAGAGGUUUGAAAGAAAGAUGGAUGCUUUGAUGGACAUGGUCUCCCUCAUGAUGGGAAAAAUGGGUCAGAACACCACUCCUCAGAAUAACUCAGGCCAUAGAGGAGAGUAUAGUGCUUCCAAACCGCAUGAUGAGCAUGUAGGCCGAAUAGUGCCUAAUAAUACCAACAUUUCUUCCAGACCCUUUAAACCCACUUUCCUGGCACCUACAAUCAACCAGCCAGAUCCCGAGGAGAAUGCUUCAUUUGUGGAGCAGUUGAGACUCGGUAGAGCAAAGUAUGAUUCUCUGCCUGAUGACAUCAAAAUGGAUAUGUCCUAUAAUGAUUUUAUGGAUCAUAAAAGGAAAAACAAAGGACAAGGGAGGUAUUAUGACCAAAGGAGAUCAUUCAAUCAAGGGGAUUUGUACCAAGCUGUCAACAAAGUCAUCCUUCCACACUUUGACGGGAGUGAGACUAAUUCAGCCCGCGCUUGGAUUCAGAAGCUGGAUAACUAUCUAGCUCUUAGGCCAAUGGCAGAAGAAGAAGCGAUUAAGUUCGCUACGCUGCACCUGGACGGAGUAGCGCACGAGUGGUGGUACCAUGGCCUCAUUACUCUUGGUCAUCGAUCUAUCACAACGUAUGAUGAGUUCACCACUAGGCUCAUCGAGAGGUUUGAGAAGAAGGAUCCUGAAAUCCAUUUCAGAGAGCUUGCUCAACUGAGACAAUAUAGUACGGUCGAGGCUUACAUUGCAGAGUUUCAAAGGCUCUCAGUCAUGGUGACUGGAAUCACGGAAAGGAGACUGGUGAUUUUGUUUAGGGAAGGGUUGACAGAACCUCUCAAAGGUUGGAUCAAAGCCUUUGACCCUCCAUCACUGCAAGAAGCCAUGAAAAAGGCAAGGAAUAUGGAGUGGGCUGCUCCUAAGGCCAAGUUUCAAUCAAAUUCCCCCUUUCAGAAAAGGGAUAAGGGAAAAAGGCCUCAGCAUAGACCACCCUUGAGACCUCAACACCAAGAGUUCAAGAACCGCAAUCCAAAUGUUACCAGGUUGGAUCCAGAAACCCUGAAUGAACUUAGAAGGAAAGGGUUAUGUUUUCGGUGUAGAGAAAAAUGGUCUCAAGAUCAUGUUUGCCAAAAGGGGGUUAAGUUCAAUCAGAUUGAAUAUUAUUCUGCUGGUGAAAGUGGGUCUGAUUUAUCCGACCAGCAAUCUGAUUAUGAAGAAAGUGAAGGUGAUAGAGCCCCAGAAGAAUCUGGAGAUGAAAAGGAGUGUGGUGGAGUCUUGGCCCAGCUCUCUAGUUUUCAAAGAAACGAAUCAUUCAAGGUUCGUGGGAUGAUCAAAGGGCAGCGAAUUGUUGCCUUGAUCGACACCGGAGCAACACAUAACUUCAUUGAUGAAGUUGUAGUAGCCAAGAAGGGGCUGCAAACUGAAGAGUUUGAAGGGUUCAAGGUCAUGGUUGCAGAUGGAUUUCAUAUCUCUUGCACCAAGAAGAUUUCAAACAUGACCAUGCAGUUGGGAAACUACGAAGUCAAGGAUGACUUCUACGUAGUACACAUUGGGGAUACUGAUGCUGUCUUAGGUAUUCAAUGGCUGCGAUCUCUUGGAGAGAUCUCCUUGAAUCUGCAAACUAUGGAGUUAAAGUUUCAAUCAGAUGGGAAGAGAGUAGUUCUAAGAGGCAUGUCUAAUGGAGGUCCGCGAGUGGUGUCAUUCAAAAGAAUGGCAAGACUGAUCCGUCAUGAUCAAGUUGAAUGGGUUGCCGAAUGUAUGAUCCUCCCUGCAAGUCCCAUUGAGGCUAAGCGUGAUCAACCUCCUGAUAUCCAGUCACUGCUUGCAAAGAAGAGUGCAGUUUUUGCCGACUUGCCUCCUGGACCUCCCCCUGAACGAGGUUCAGAACACAUUAUAGAGCUCAAGGAAGGAGCUAAACCAGUGAUCACAACUCGAUACCGGUAUCCAAAGAGGCAGAAGGAUGAAAUAGAAAGGAAUAUUCAAGAACUCCUGGAGAUGGGUUUCAUUCGCCCAAGCAAGAGUCCCUUUGCUUCAGCAGUAGUGCUUGUUAAGAAAAAAGAUGGGACCAUGCGCAUAUACCCCAUUCCCAGAAUUGAUGAACUCAUUGAUGAGUUACAUGGGGCCAAGUUCUUUUCGAAGAUCGAUCUGAGGUCGGGCUACCACCAGAUUCGAAUGAGGGGAUCUAACGUGGAAAAGACAGCCUUCAGAUGCCACUAUGGCCAUUUUGAAUUCCUAGUCAUGCCCUUUGGGUUGACUAAUGCUCCAGCCACCUUCCAGUCUUGCAUGAACCGUGUCUUUCAGAAUCAGUUAAGGAAAUUUGUGCUGAUAUUUUUUGAUGACAUCCUGAUUUACAGCAAGACUUGGGAUGAGCACCUUAAACAUUUGGAGGUAGUGCUUAGUACCCUAGAGUCAGAAAGUUUGUUUGCAAAAGCUUCCAAAUGUGAAUUUGGAAUGGAGGAGUUAUUGUACUUGGGUCACAUAAUCAGUGCUGGGGGAGUAAAGGUGGAUCCGGAGAAAAUAAAAGCAGUAAUGGAUUGGCCACCUCCCGAGAACUUGACUCAAUUAAAAGGAUUUCUAGGUCUAUGUGGUUUUUAUCGGAGGUUUGUUAAGGGGUAUUCCCAGAAUGCAGCUCCUCUUACUGAUCUCACCAAAAAGGGGGCCUUUGUUUGGUCCGAAAGAGCUCAAGAGGUGUUUGAUAAAUUUAAGAAAAUCAUGAGCUCGUGUCCAGUUCUAGCCAUUCCAGACUUUUCCAAACCAUUUGAGUUGCAGUGUGACGCAUCAGGUGAAGGAGUUGGCGCUGUCCUGAUGCAAGACAAACACCCUAUCGUGUUUGAGAGCAGAAAAUUGAGGGGUGUGGAGAGAUCCUAUUCAAUUUAUGACAAAGAAAUGCUUGCCAUUAUGCAUGCAUUAGCCAAGUUCAGGCAGUACUUGGUGGGAAACAAGUUCGUGGUAAAAACAGACCACAAUAGCCUCAAGCAUUUUAUGCACCAGAAGGAUUUAAAUGAGAGGCAACAGAAAUGGGUGAGUAAGCUGCAAGCUUACGACUUUGACAUUGAAUAUGUCAAAGGGAAAAAUAAUGUCGUGGCCGAUGCUCUCUCCAGACGGCCUCAUCUUAGCUCAUUGUGUGAGCUUACUGCAGAUUGGAGAGACAUGUUGCUUGCUGAUUAUGCCAAAAAUCAGUUUGCAACCAGCAUUUUAGAAGGUACUUUCCAUGAUGAGAAGUAUCAGGUGGUUGAGGGAUUGAUUCACUAUAAGGGAAGAAUCUUUUUGGUGGCUGAUUCUAAGCUCAAAAGAAAGAUCCUUGUGAAUUUUCAUGACAUCCCAGUUGCUGGCCAUCAAGGUUUUUUCAAGACCUAUAGGCAGAUCCGCGAAAGGUUUUCUUGGAAAGGUCUGAAGAAGGAGGUGCAACGCUACAUUCAGGAAUGUCCUGUUUGUCAAGCGAAUAAGAAUGAGCAUACAUUGCCCGCCGGAUUGCUGCAACCACUUCCCAUUCCCAAUCAAAAAUGGGAAAGCAUUUCAAUGGAUUUCAUCACUGGGUUGCCCAAGGCCCAAGGGAGGGAUUGCAUUUACGUGGUGGUUGACAGAUUAACCAAGUUUGCUCAUUUCUUUGCCAUUACCAGUACUUUUUCUGCAGCCCAAGUUGCAGAUUUAUUUUUUCGAGAAGUGUUUAGGCUUCAUGGAUUGCCAAAGAAUAUUGUAAGUGAUAGGGACAGUAAGUUCCUAAGUACAUUUUGGCAGGAAGUCUUUAGAAUGAGUGGUACUGUGCUGACUCCAAGCACAAGUUAUCACCCCCAAACUGAUGGGCAAACUGAAGUUGUGAACAAGUGGCUGGAAGGCUACUUGAGAAAUUAUGUGUCAGAGCAGCAGAAAGCUUGGGUUAAGUGGCUGCAUAUAGGCGAGUACUGCUACAACUCUACCUAUCAUAUGUCAAUCAAAAUGUCUCCCUUCUUGGCACUUUAUGGGUAUGAAGCACCCAGCUUUGCAGAUUUGGUGUUUGGGGAUAGCAAAGCCCCUUUAGCCAAGGAUUUAUUGCAGCAGAGUCAAGACAUAAUGAGGUCCUUAAAGGAUAAUUUGCAGAUUGCACAGAAUCAGCAGAAGUUAUAUGCUGAUCAGAGACGGGUAGAGCGUUCUUUUGAGGUUGGGGACAUGGUCUAUCUCCGGUUACAACCUUAUAGACAGUCUACUCUCAAGAAAAGUGGAGCUGAGAAGCUGAAACCGCGCUUCUAUGGACCAUUUAGGGUCAUCAGGAAGAUUGGGGCUGUAGCUUAUGAAUUAGAGCUACCUUCAGAUAGCAGAGUGCAUAACGUCUUCCACGUGUCUCACCUCAAGAAGGCACUUGGACACAAUGUGGUUGCUUCUUCACAGUUGCCACCGUUGGACGAAGAAGGACUAUUGAUUCUAGUUCCCGAGGAGAUACUUGGUGUCAGAGAACGUUCUUUGAGGAAUAGAACUGUCAGAGAAUAUUUAGUGAAGUGGAAGAACCUACCCUUGGAGGAUGCAACAUGGGAAAAUGAUGAGAUAUUACAGCAUCCUGGGUUGCGAUUGCUUGAGGAUUUAAUAUCGAGAAUUCUAAUCCUUCAAGAUGAAAGUCAACAAUAUGUUAAUGGUGCUGGAGUUUAA